AUGACGACAUGGAAAACAGUGGACGAUUUUUAUGAACACUCUCAUGUGCCCACUGUGCGAAUGGAAGAUCUCAGCAAUCACAAAAGUACCACAAAACAGUCUAAAGGAGUUUCGCAUUAUUUGGCCCAUAUUCUCUUUUUCAUCGAUAGAACUAUCGGUCUACGCCAUUUAUUUCUGCUGUCUGUGUUGACAUUUUAUUCUUUGAUAGGUGGAUAUGUCAUAUACUACUUCGAGGCGAAUGGAGAAGCAGAGGGAGUUCCCGCCAGAAAAGCGGAGCUAGACGGUAGAAUAAUGGAAAUCGUCGAGCGAUAUAAAAAUGGUAAUUCGAACAUCACUCUGCAGGAGAAAGCAGCCGCUUUGAAGAAAGACUACGUUGCUAUGCUGAACUCUGACGGGCUAUUCAAGUGGUCCACUUACUACAAAACUGAUGAGCCUGAUCACUGGAAAUGGACAUUCGGAAGUAGUUUCUUCUAUGCCAUGAACGUAUACACAACUGUUGGAUACGGUUCGAUUGCUCCCGAUACCUUUGCAUCGAGAUGUUUCACCAUGCUUUACGGUGCCUUAUUCUGUCCAAUAACCUGGAUUAUCAUUCGUGAUAUCGGACAACUAGCGCUCGUCUAUCUCACCACUGUCUAUGCUCGGCUCAAAUUGAGAUUCACGAACGCUGGUGAGAAAGCCGAUCAAGUUUUCAUGGUCCCUAUAUCUAUGUGCUUAGGAAUUUGUAUACUAAUCAUGUUAUUCGGCACCUUAUGGGUGCACUCCUACGAUGCGCUGUCAGGCCCACCUGGGUCAGGAUUGGAUUGGUUCCUUUCAUUAUAUUUCACAUUCCAAACAUUCACGACAAUUGGGCUCGGCGAUGUCAUGCCCAACAAUAUUCCGUUCGACCCAAUUAUCUGCUCGGUGUUUUUCUUCAGUUUGUCAAUGCUAAAGGUGAUCAACAGAAUGAGCUAUUUGAGUAUGGAGAAUGGAGUACACGGAGCAUUUGCUGUAGCAAGUACCGAUUCCUCGACGAUCGAAGCUGAUGACAAGGCCGCCGAAGAGGCUGACAUUACCAAUCAGUUGACGAUCCACUCUAUAGCAACGUUUAUGCAGUCUAACGCCGAUGUUUACGGCGGACGGUUAGGACGCGUGAAUUUGCGGAAGUCCGAUAUUGCACCCGAAUGA